CGUCACUCCCGAGCUCCGAGGCGUCCGGAACGCCGCACAGGACAUUUCGACUUCCUACUUCGUCCGGGACGCACUCGCAGGUGUUUGCGCCAUGUCUGCCGCUGAGUGGAAGAAGAAGUGUGAGGAAGAGUGGAGCCUGCGGGGCGCACCGAUGCCCGACGGCCUGGACUGGAAGUCCGUGUAUGAAGCCAGACCCCUGGGAAGAAAUUUGCUGAAGAACCCGGCGCCGUACGGGUUGAGUACAGACGUCCCACCACCUGAGCCCGACCUGCCCGCUGUGCCUGACCGCGGACCGCCACGAUUUCAGCCUGAAGGCGACUUCACCGGCUGGACCACAAAUGCUGAAGUCCUGCCCUAUGAUACAAGUGGCAUUCCUCAAGGUGUUGUGAUAUGUGCACUGCCUCAGUAUAGCUGGUUCACCAUGGAGCAGAUCGUGGACCUGAAGGCAGAAGGACUGUGGGAGGAGCUGCUGGAUGAUUUUCAGCCUGAAAUUGCCAUCCAAGACUGGUAUGAGGAGAGUCAGCUGCAUGACUCGAUCUACCAGCUGUGUGUGAAGUUACUGGGUGCAGACAAAAGCACAGUGAUCUCCGAGCACGCGGUCAACCCCACCGAGCAGCGCGAGACUUACUCACACAACUGGAAGGAGGUGUCGCAUGUGUUCUCUGGUUAUGGACGCGGGGUGAGAUAUGUCCACUUCGUGCACCGGCUAAAGAACAGCUUCCUAAACGGGUUCCACCAAACACGCUUCACUGGCAGCUCCGUGACUGUAAGAUCAGCCAAAAGCCGCCCAUAGGCUGAAUCUAUCCUGCACUCACUGCCAGCUUCAGCAGCACUGAACUGCUUUCACACUUGCUACCAUCAAAGUACUAUAAUAAAAUGUACAAUCAUCAAUAUUUUUGCUAUGACAAUUAUUUUUUGGGGGGGUGGAGGUGUAAUUCAUGGUUUGCUCUGAAGAACCUGGUAUGAUGCAAUAAUAAAACGUGCAGUUUUCUUGUU